AUGGAGCUAGACCAAGUGCUUGUUUUCCUCGGUGAUUUUGGUCGUUUUCAAACUCUCGUCUACAUUCUGAUUUGCCUGGCCGGUCAGGUCCCAUCGGCAUGGCACAUGCUGGCCAUAUCGUUCCUGGGUGCAGUGCCGGACUAUCGGUGCGAUGCUCCACCGGGUGAUCAGCCCGAGGAGACGGCGGUGCGGGAGUCUGGUAGUGGGUCAUUGAAGAUCUCCUCGCAGUGCGAACAAUAUGUGAAUGUUUCUGUUGAUAAUACGACUGAACCAUGUGGUGACGGAUGGGUGUAUGAUUCCACUUAUGGCAACACAAUAGUUACAGAGUGGGACCUCGUCUGUGGUAAGGAUGCCUCCGUAGAAUUAUCGCAGACAGUGUUCAUGACGGGCGUGAUGGUAGGCUCUCUUCUCUUCGGUCAUUUAUCCGAUCGAUACGGCCGCCGUCCCGUCUUCUUCUUGUCCCUCUGGGCUCAGGUCGCCUUUGGUGUCGGAGUGGCUUUAACGGGCAACCUGUACGGCUUCAUGGCGGUGAGAUUCUUCGUUGGUGUCAUCGAGCAGGGUGUAGAUAUUACGUCAUACGUGAUGGUAACUGAGAUGUUCUCCCCGUCUAGGCGAGCCUUCGCUGGUAUCUUGUUGACCCUAUUCUGGGCGAGUGGGAUCAUGUCGUUGUCCGGUCUGGCGUACCUGCUUCGUGACUGGCGGCAUCUGCAGCUUGCUAUAACGUUACCCAGUUUACUUACGAUCCCACUCUGGUGGAUAAUACCAGAGUCUGCAAGAUGGCUGAUGUCUCGUGGUCGCGUAAAGGAGGCGGAGGCCAUACUACACCGUAUAGCGCGGUUUAACAGGGUACCGUUACCAGACAAUGUGCUAUCCACAAACGAACAAUCGUCUGGUUCCUCUAAAGUCUCUACAGAAAGAGCAUUGGAAAACAAAGGAUUCCAACCUGGGGAUGUUGCUGAAAAGCCCUUAGGGCUAGACGAAACACCCGACGGGGUGGAGGAGGGGGCGUUGAAGGAGAGAGUUCGGGGCCACACUGCAAAGAUCACCCAUGAUCAUCACGCCGGCAAGCCGGAGCUCUUCACCCUAUGGCAUUUGUUCAGCACACCCGGGAUGAGACGCAUAUCGAUCGUAAUGAUAUUUGCUUGGUUUGUGAAUAGCCUGGUGUACUACGGUCUGUCACUUAAUACCAGUAGCUUAGCUGGAGAUCCGUAUCUCAACUUCUUUCUUAGUGGGGCUGUGGAGAUACCUGCGUAUUUAGUCUCCACUGCAGUCGUUACUUGGUUUGGACGUCGUUUGCCUCUGUGUGUAUUCCACGUCUUUGGAGGUGUUGCCUGUAUUGCAACUGCAUUUAUUCCUGAAAUGACAGAAUCCGGUACGGACCUCACUGCUCUGAUUGUCACCACGGCCAUGUUGGGCAAGUUUGGUAUCGCAGGUUCCUAUGCGAUCGUGUUUCUCUAUGCUUCAGAGCUCUACCCAACAGUGGUUAGGAAUCUCGGCAUUGGGUUGUCGUCUUUUGCGUCCCGUGUUGGCGGAGUACUAGCUCCGAUAAUCAUGUACUUGGGUAAGGUGAUUGGUUGGGUGCCUAUGGUGAUUUUUGGAGGGUUGUCGGUGCUAGCUGGACUGAGUGUGUUGGUUCUUCAUGAGACGCUGGGGAAGAAACAACCGCAGACACUUGAAGAUGUCGAGAAGACAAAGUACAGAGUGGAAGAAGAGAGAAGUGGAUAACAAAGUGUUUCCAAGCGCUGAAACGUUAAAGUAAUUAAAUACACUAAAUAAUGACAAUACUAAAGUAAUAACUGGACGAAACAUACUUUAAAGGGGGUUAUCUGGAAAAGAGGGGGAGGCAUGGCAACAAUAUUUUUUAGUAAAUUCCUUCUUAAAGGUUUUUUUUUUUUUUGCACUUUUAAGAGUUAGUUAGCAGUUUGCAACAGAUAAUGCUGUUUUGCCCGCUUUUAUAUUAAUUUCAUAAACUGGAUGACGAGAAUUAAAUUAUCAGCCCGAAAUAAAAUCAAUCCUGCACACACCGUGAGGAGGUUCUGUUUGCAAACUGACUUUAAUUAAUGUUUUUUGUUUGUUUUUUAUUAUUAAAGAUGUAGGUAAAAUACUUAGCCUAUUUAACAUGAAAUAUAGGUGUGAAAUAUAAAUAACUAAAGAUUCGAGAAGGUAAUAAAGCUCUCUUUUAAAGUGUAA